CGUGGCUCAGCGCCCCAUCGCCCGAGUCUCACUGUGCUGUGUGUGUGUGUGUGUAUGUGUGUGAAGCUCUCUCGGUUUCUUAUUAUUAUUAAUAUUAUUUGUAAUUUAUAAUGUCUGUGAAUUUGAGUAAGAACGGCGCAGCGCUCACGGCCGCGUAUAAAGAGGUGGUGGACGAGAAAUCCGAGACCAACUGGGCCUUGUUCACCUACGAAGGAAACAGCAAUGACAUCCGGCUGGCCAGUAAAGGGGAUGGAGGGCUGGAGGAGCUGGUUGAAGAGUUAAACAGCGGAAAGGUGAUGUACGCCUUCUGCCGGGUCCAAGACCCCAACUCCGGCCUCCCGAAAUACGUCCUGAUCAACUGGACUGGCGAAGGUGUGAAAGAUGCCAGGAAAGGACUGUGUGCCAACCAUGUUAGUUCGAUGGCUAAUUUUCUAAAGGGAGCACAUGUGACCAUAAACGCUCGCGCAGAGGAGGACGUGGAACCCGAGUCCAUCAUGCAGAAAGUGGCCAAGGCUUCAGGAGCCAAUUACAGCUUCCACAAAGAGUCGAACCGCUUCAGAGACACAGGACCUCAGGGACCAGUGGGUUCUGUGUACCAGAAGACCAACGCCAUGUCUGAAAUCAAGAGGACCAACAAGGAUAACUUCUGGGCGCAGGCGGAGAAAGAUGAAGAGAAGCGGCGACAGGAGGAGAAGAAGAGAGUGGAGGAGGAGCGACAGCAGCUGGAGAAGGAGAGGAAGGACCGGGAGGUCAAGGAGACGGCGCUGAGGGACAGGGCGGCCAAAGAGAGAGCGUCCCAGAUCGACGAGCAGAGGAAGUACCAGCAGCAGCUUGAUAGUCAGCAGAAAAAACAGCAGGAGGAGGAGCUGGCUGCCAAACCCAAAAGCUAUAAGCGCGCGGAAUCGGUGGAAAAAGCAAAUGAGGCUGCUGCUCUGAUCUCCCAGCGUUCUGUGAACCCCAGAGAAAUGUUCCAGCAGAGAGAGAGAGGGAUGCCAUCCAGCAGCACAGACAACACACCCUCCAGCCCACAGCCUGGGCGGUUGAAAAGCCCUUUUCUGUCUAAGCAGCCUUAUGAGCCUGAGCCGCCUCGCUCUCCUGUACGCCAAGCCUCACCCGUACGAGCCACAGAACCAACCCGAGUUGUGGAGUCUAACACUGAUUACGAGGAAGUUGAUGCUGACGAAGAGUACGAAGAUGUGGAGCCGGCCAGUAAUCAGUACAAGUCUCAUGUGGAGCAGCCGCACUACGAAGACCUUACAGAGCAGGAGAACCUUUACGAGGACCCACAGCAGGCAGAGGAACAGGACCUGUACAAAGACACCACCGCAGGUGACCAUGGUCAGUGUGCUCGAGCACUGUAUGACUACCAGGCAGCCGAUGACACUGAGAUCUCCUUCGACCCGGAUGACAUCAUCACCGGCAUCGAAGAGAUCGACGAGGGCUGGUGGCGAGGUUUCGCUCCGGACGGCCAUUUCGGAAUGUUCCCGUCCAAUUACGUCGAGCUCAUCUAAAGCGGCUCCGCCAAUCACGUCUGGGCUCAUGUCGAUCUCGCCCCGCCCACACUUAGACACCGAGUCGCUUAGGGAAACGAGUCGCUUGUUCCGAAUUGGACAGACUGAAACAAAAAAACAAAACAAAACACUGAUUGAUGAUGAAAGAAAAGAACUCCAAUCAUGUCAAACUUUUUUUAUUUUUUUUUUAUUUUAACAUUAAGACCGUUCUCACUGGCUAACUAACAAAAAUUGUGUGUCACAUUAACUAGUUGGUGUUAUUAUAUCAUUCUACUCUCAGAUGUUCCAAGCGUCUCUUCAGCAUUUGUGUUUUAUACUGCUGUUUUUGUUUUUCCUAAUCUGGACCAAUUCCUGUUAGAGGUGAUCGAGACGAUGAUAAUAAUACACACUGUUUAAUUAGGAUUAGACGGAUUUAUCUCUGCCGUGAGCUUUGAGGUCUUGUUUCGCCUUGGUUUUUGCCUUUUCUGCACAUUUUGGAGCAGUGAAACGCCGCGGCCGAUGAUCUGAACACGUGUGCUUGUGCAAACCUCAUCGCUUUCCUUCCUGUCUGCUCUGAAAUGUGUAAAAAUACUGUGAUUUUUUUUUUUAUUAUAAUUUUUUUUUAUUCUUUAAGUUUCAGGGAACAAUCAUAAACGGUGAUAAAGCGGAUUUUUUUUUUCCGACUGCCCUUUUUUCCUUUUUUAUUAUUAAAUUACACCACAUUUUUGUUAACGUGCAUAGCUCUGGGAAACCCCGCAGGGUUAUUUGUGGUAAAGGCUGUGCCAGUAAAAGAGCGACUGAGUGAAUAUAAUGUUUAAUUUUUUUUCGAAAUCUAACAUUGAAUUGUAUGCAGAGUAAUCAUGUGACCACCAGCGGGAGCCUGGUUCCUUCAGAUGUUUAAUCAGAAUGUUGAAAUAAAGGAAGUGAAAAUGCA